AUGCAAUACCUUAUUGUGUUAGCCUUGGUCGCCGGCUCAAACGCCUUCCUCUUCGGCGGUGGCGGCUGUGGCGGUGGAUGCGCACCUCCUCCACCACCUCCCCCACCAUGCGGUUGUGGCGGCGGACUGGGACUCUCACACUUCUUCAACUUCCCACUACUUUCCCCAUGCGGAGGUGGUUGUGCUCCUCCUCCGCCACCUCCUUGUGGAGGUGGAUGUGGUGCUCCUCCACCACCUCCUCCUCCACCACCAUGUGGAGCCCCUUCAGGAUGCGGCGGCGGCGGUGGUUACGCUCCUCCAAUGAACUACGCUGCUCCUCCAAUGAACUACGCUGCUCCUCCCGUGCACUAUUCUGCUCCUUCCAUGAACUACGCUGCACCUCCACAAAACGCCUACGUUGGAAAAUAG